UGUGGCAACUGUCUGAGAUUCUCGAUGCACUGCGACUUCGCUCCUCCGCCCGCAAACCUACUCACCCAAUCUCCUACCGACCUGUCGCCACCGGCGCCGCGAAAACGGGGCCGUCCUCGAAAGGACUGGGACGCCGUCCGGAAGUUACCGACGCCGAGUGCCUCCGAAUCCGAUGCGACCAAGACGCCGCGUACACCGGCCCCUGCAACCUCCGCCGAGCCCUCCUUGUCCUCCAUCGCCCCCGCGGUGUUAAACCGAGACGAUCUCGAACUCCUGCAUCACUACAUGUGCCAUACGGCAAUUACCCUCGGCGAAGCACGUGUAUGGCGAGAGUAUGUGCCGCGGCUAGGCUUCCAACAUCAAUAUGUCUUUCACAUGGUUCUGGCGAUAUCAGCACAGCACCUCGCUAGACUCCGGCCAUCGGAGGCCGCCCGUUACGAGACCCUCGCAGAGCGGCACUCCACCAGUGCCUUACCGGCGAUCACGAACCUUAUGCCGAACAUCAACAUAGACAAUUGUCAAGCGCUAUACCAUACCACUGUGCUGGUCUGCCUUUCGACGUUUGCGAAGAAGCCAAGCCCGGGGCAUCUAUUAGUCGUCGCGGAGGACGGCGAGGUGCCUUGGUGGGGCUUGCUCCGAGGCGUCCGUAUAGUCGUCCAGAAGAUGGGCAUACAGGCUAUCAUCGCGGGCUGGGAGGACGGAAACAUAUCUUUCGAACACACCUGGACACACUGUCCGCCACUGCCCGAUCCCGUGCACAAGAUGGUUGUGUGGGAACAACGGUUCGAAGAGCUUGCCGAUCUAGUGGCAACAACCCCUGAGCCGGAACGGCAAAUGUACACAAUCUCACUCGACUUGCUCAAGGACUGCUUCAAGCAAACAUUUGGCACCGAAGCUGAGCCGGAGGCGCACGUCCAGGGCCGAUUUGAGGUCGUCAUGCGCUGGCUGUAUAGCAUGAGCGACGACUUUGUAAUUCGCAUCCAGCACAGGGAAGCGCUAUCCCUGAUAUUGUUAGGGCACUUCAAUGUCUUGGUCCAAACCCUCGAACAUUUCUGGUUCAUGCAAGGCUGGUCGGAGCAUCUCAUGAAAGGCCUGUUCGUCACUCUACCAUCUCAGUACGCCCAAUGGCUUCAAUGGCCAGCUGAACAGAUCAAGAAGCCGGGGUCCGUCGAUCAUGGCGUACUUUCGGUUCAAAAGAUGAUUGAUUGAUGCUAUACCUACUUCACGUAUCGCACAACACUAUUCAACGUAUCGAUGCUCAUUAUCAGCCAAGCGCGGCGGCCUGAUGGGCUACAGUCAGCGAGCCCUCAUCAGUUUCUCGGCAACCUUCCGACAGCAUUUCUCAAGGUAGUGAGAGCGCCAGGCCCGAUCAGCGUCGACCCCAUCGAAGGAAGAGCAGGUGACCAGACGAAUGCAUCGAGGGCAGGGUGGAGGCUGGGUUCUCUGCACCGCUUCUGGUUCAUAUUGCGGCUUCUGCUUUCGACGACACGGAUUGAUGCCGAAAUCGUGCAAUCAUCCACAGUUUGUUGGUUCAAGAAAUUGCGCCUGCAUGAUCUUGCGCGUCCUACGUCAGCCUGCAUCCGAUCCUGCAAGCACUCAUCUCGUCAAGGUAGGUUGGCCGCUUCUCUUGAAGGUCUUUGUAACUGACAAGUAACGACUCCAGCGCGAAUUACGAGCAACACUG